AUGCACAUGAUUCUCGGUCUAACCCUGAUGCACGACUCUGCUCUUGCUCACACUCCCACCCGAUCUCUCUCUCUCCAAAACGCAUCGCUGCGCCACUGGUCCCACGCCACAACGCAGUACCAGCGUCUCCUCUCCGGUCCCAUACCUCCAUCCCAACGCGACGCCAUCUGGGCCACAGGCGUCCACCUCGGCGCAGCAUCUUUCUGGUAUCUCGAAUCCGACGACCCACACGCCGCUUGGCCGCUGAAGCCUUCCGAGCCAGGCGAUCUCGCCUGGAUGAAGAUCGGAGAGGGAAAACGCCAUCUCUGGCGUAUCGCGGACCCGACGAGGGAGGACAGUGUGUUCAACCGUGUUUUGAAAAAGAAGACAGGCCCGUGUCCCACGCCUCCCGAGUGGAUGGUCAGCAACGACACCAGUCUCGUGCCUGAGAAGAUCAAACUGUCGUUUGGUAUCACGAGAGAGUCUAAUAAGGAGAACAACGUUUACCACUUUCCCGUCCUCAUCCUCUCGCGCAUCCAGCAUCUCCGCCUAUCCCACAGCAACGUCUUGGAUUUCCUAUACUUUACCGCGUUUCUCACGCCCGAGUUCCUGGCCUUACUUGAACAAAAAGAUGCAAAAGCCGUGUUUUUGCUAGGCUGGUGGUUUAGCAUGUGUCGCGGUGGCACGCUUUGGUGGGUGACGCGUCGUGCGAGGGUCGAAGGAGAGGCUGUGCGGAUUUGGCUGGGAAGGGUGGAUAAGCGUCUUUGGGAAUUGUUGGAGGAGCUGGGGAGAAGGAGAGUAAAUGUUAUGGAAGAGAGGUUCUGGGCUAUGGAGCGGGUGGUGGAUGAGGAGGGCUUUGAGACGAAUUGGGCGUUGGAUUCUAGAGGGAGGAUAUCGACGGUGGCUUAA